CAUUACAUUAGUAUAAUUUAAUCAGGGUUCAACACAUGAAUUAUAUAAAAGAUGAAGGACUUAAUAUUAAAUUAAAAAAUAUGAAGAUCGCCUACAGUAGCCAUGAAGCAGAAUUUUUCCCUACUGCCUUUUACUUCUUUAUAUCUGUCCGCCACUCUCAACUAUCCUUCUCUCUCUCUCUCUCUCUUGUUUCUCUCUCUUAUCUGUAAUUUCUCUCUCUCUCUCUCUCUCACACACAGUAGCUGCACUUUAGUAUGUGAGGGUUUGGUAGAGUAAUAGAAUGGCGUAUAUGUGUACUGACAGUGGAAAUCUAAUGGCGAUUGCGCAGCAAGUAAUCAAGCAGAAGCAGCAGCAAGAGCAGCAGCAACAACAGCAACUUCACACAAUCAACCCUUUCUCAUCCUGGCCCCACCACCAAACCCCCAACUCCGCCCCCCCUCUCGCCUAUGGCCUCACCGCCGGAUUCACCGACCCGUUUCAGGUCCCGCCCGGACCCGAAUCCGCCGACCCGGGGUUUCCUUUCCCCAACCUAGACCACCACCACCACCACUCCACUGGCUUCCGCUUCUCUGAUUUGUGCGGCGGUCCCGGAGGCGAGUUCGACUCGGACGAGUGGAUGGAGAGCCUAAUGGGCGGCGGAGAUUCCACGGAGAGCUCCAAUCUCCAGACCGAUUGCGACGCGUGGCAGACGAGCUCCGAGUUCAGCCAUCUCUACCCCACCGAUCCGUUCCCGAGUCGACUCAGCAUCAACUCACCCCCACCCUCCGAUCUCAGCCGAGUCAUCUUCCCCGAGCCUCCCCCGACCUCCACCUGGGUCGCGCCUUCCUCCGUCUCCCUACCGCCGACAACAAAAUUGCAACAAUCCAAGCCUGUAAUCACCACCAAAUUAGACGCCGCCGCCGCAUCGACGGCUGCCGGCGGCGCUUCCACAAGUUCGCCGGAAGAUUCGCCCAAAGCGAAGCCGAUUCUGAAAGCCCUAAUCGACUGCGCCCGCCUCUCCGAGUCCGACCCGGAAAACGCCAUGGCAUCACUGAUCCAGCUCCAGGACUCGGUCUCCCGCGUCGGCGACCCUGUGGAGCGGGUUUCGUACUACUUCUCGGAAGCCCUGUGCAGCAGAGUGUCGACUCGGGCGGAGAAAACAUCCACCAUUUACGACACCACCUCCGAGGAGUUCACUCUAUCGUACAAAGCCCUAAACGACGCGUGCCCCUACUCCAAAUUCGCCCAUUUGACAGCAAACCAAGCUAUUUUGGAAGCCACCGAGAAGGCGAACAAGAUUCACAUCGUCGAUUUCGGGAUUGUUCAAGGGAUCCAAUGGGCCGCAUUUCUGCAAGCUCUGGCGACCCGGCCCUCUGGAAAACCCGACCGGAUUCGGAUCUCGGGCAUACCCGCCCCAUCUCUCGGCAACUCCCCAGCAGCGUCGCUCUUCGCCACCGGAAACCGGCUGCGUGACUUUGCCAAACUGCUGGAUCUGAGAUUCGAAUUCGACCCGAUUUUAACCCCGGUCCACGAGCUGGAAGGGUCGAGUUUCCGGGUCGACCCGGAUGAGGUUUUGGCGGUGAACUUCAUGCUUCAGCUGUACAAUUUGCUUGACGAGAGCAACGACGGCGUGGAGGACGCUCUCAAGCUCGCCAAGUCGUUGAAUCCAUGCGUCGUCACUCUAGGAGAGUACGAAGUGAGCCUCAACCGGGUCGGGUUCUUGCACCGUUUCAAGAACGGGCUCAAAUACUACACCGCAAUCUUCGAAUCGCUCGAACCGGGAUUGGCCCGCGACUCGCCUGAACGGCUCCAGGCGGAAAGACUGCUGCUUGGCCGUAGAAUCGCCGGAGUAGUGGGGCCGGAGGAACGCAAAAGAGAGCGAAUGGAGGAUAAAGAAAGAUGGAGGUUCUUGAUGGAAGGUGCGGGAUUUCAGCCGUUGGUAUUCAGCCAUUACGCGCAGAGCCAAGCGAAAAUACUUCUUUGGAACUACACCAACAGCUCAUUUUACAAGCUGCUUGAUUCUUAA